AUGAAUGGAGCUAUCCAGGGUGUUGCUGCAUGCCCACGAGGCCCACGGAACUCACACCUCUUUUUUGCAAAUGACAGCAUAAUAUUCUACCGAGCCACUAGUGAUGAUUGUGCCCAUUUGGAACAAAUCUUGGAGACCUAUGAACAUGCAACCGGUCAGCAACUCAAUCGUGAAAAGACUUCCUCAUUCUUCAGUCAUAACACACCUCUUGAGACUCAAGAAGACAUAAAAAACCGUUUUGGGGCUGAAAUUAUCAGGCAACAUGAAACUUACUUGGGAUUACCUUCCCUUGUAGGUCGUUCAAAGAGAAAUACCUUUAGGGCGCUAAAGGAAAGACUCGAUAAUAAGCUUUCAGGGUGGAAGGAAAAGCUGCCCUCACAAGCUGGGAAAGAAAUACUCAUUAAGGCCGUAGCACAAGACAUCCCCACCUAUACAAUGAGUGUCUUUAAACUUCCGGACACCCUUUGUGAUGAGAUGACAAGUAUGGUCCGAAAUUUUUGGUGGGGUCAAAAGGAAGGUCGAAACAAAAUAGCUUGGUUGAGUUGGGAUAAAAUGUGCACGCCCAAAAAAGAUGGAGGGGGUUUCGCGAUCUCAAGGCUUUCAACAAGGCUCUCUUGGCAAAGCAGGGCUGGCGCCUCCAAACCAAUACACAUUCACUACUCCACCGUGUUUUCAAGGCACGUUAUUUCCCUAACCAUGAUUUCCUUCAUGCUGAACUUGGACAAAAACCCUCCUAUGCUUGGAGAAGUAUAA